AUGUCUACAGAAAAUCUCGCCGCCGUCCUCGAAAAAGUAGGCACCGCCCUCAAACCCCUCGCCUUACCUAUCCCUUCUCCAGGUGAAAACGAACUCCUAAUCCGCAACCAUGCCAUCGCCGCCAACCCCGCAGACUGGAAACUCCGAGACUUUCCCAGCCAUCUCAACAACUUCCCUACCGUACUAGGCAGUGACGUCUGCGGCAUCGUGUCCGCCAUAGGACCCAAUGUGACAAAAUUCAAAGUCGGCGAUCGCGUCACUGGGUUUGCGCUCGUGAUCGCAAACAAUAAACCCGAACACGGGGCAUGGCAGACAUAUACGCUUUUACAGGAGAGUGCGACAAUAAGAAUUCCCGAGUUUGUAUCCUAUGAGGAUGGGGCCACUUUUCCGAUGGCGUUUGCGACGGUUGCUGUAGCAUAUUUUGAGAGGUUGGGGAUUGCUCGUCCUGUUUUAACUCUGGAUGUACAGCAGCAACAGCAACAGCAGCCUGGGAUGCUGGUUUGGGGCGCGUCGUCGUCUACGGGGACGGCAGCUGUGCAGCUAGCCAAAGCGCUGGGAAUCAAGGUCUUUGCGACUUCCAGCCCGAAGAAUCAUGAAUAUAUAAAGUCUCUAGGCGCAUAUGCAGUGGUCGACUAUCGUGAUCCGGACGUUGUCUCGAAGUUGGUCCAACUCGCGAAUGAGGCCGGCACGCCCCUCCAAUACGGGUUUGAUUCAAUCACCGAAGGGAACAGUUCUCUACUGUCUGCUAAUACUCUACUCGCAUCCGGUGGGCAAGGAAGUAAAUUAGCACUCACCGGACCCUGGCCUGCCGGCGAUGAGAAGCCUCCCACCGGUGUUGAAACUUCGAUGACAUUGGCCGCUUUUGCGUUUGUACAUCAUAUCGAGAUGGGAAGCUGGCUGUUUAAUGAGUACCUGCCAAAAGCUAUUGAACAGAAGAAGAUUGUUCCAGCGCCGCAGGUGAGGGUUGUAGAUGGUGGGAUUGAAGCAGCGCAGGAGGCGUUGGAUAUUGUCAAGGCUGGGGUUAGUGCGACGAAGAUUGUAGUCAAAGUUGGCUGA